AUGAGUUUCGAGUCAAAGCUCCCUUUGUUUUUCUUGUUUCUUUCGGUUCUCCUUGCUUCAACUUUAGCCAUCGAAUUUCCAAACCACCAUCAAGACGCACGACAUGAGCUGAUGAAAUGCAUGGAGCGUUGCCAAACACGGCAAGACGGCCGUGAGCAGCGCGAGUGUAUCCAAGAGUGUCACCAGGGUUAUAAGGAGAGGCAACAGGAGGAGGAGAGAGAGCGAUGGGGUGGUUAUGGUGAGGAGUUGCUUGGAGCAAUGAUCAACCCUAGUGAUCACGAUUGUAAGGAGGACUUAGAGAAGUGCCAGCUUGAUUGCUUGAGUGAAGCGAAGCGUGGCAUAGUUAAGGAGUUGGAGUGUGUGAAGAAGUGUGCUGAGGAGCAUAAGGAGGAAAGAGGUAGACACUCAGUUGAUAAGGUUGACGAGUUAUUGGAGGACAAGUCCGAGCUUGAGAAGUGCCAGCGUUAUUGUGUGAGUGGUGCCAAGCAUACCUAUAUCGAGAUCUAUGAGUGUGAGAAGAAGUGUUUUGAGGAUUAUUCGGAGCGAGAGAGGCGUAGGGAGAGGUACUCUGUCGAUAAGGAUGAUCACUCAGACGAGAAGCACAAGCUUGAGAAGUGCCAGCUCGAUUGCAUGACGGUUGCCAAGCAUGGCGUAAUCGAGGUAUAUGAGUGUGAGAAAAAGUGUGUUGAGGAGUAUCAGAAGAGGCAUAGAGGUAAACAAUCUGUUGAUAAGAAUGACGACAAUGAUAAUGACCACUCAGACGACAAGCACGAGCUUAAGAAAUGCUUAAUUGAUUGCGCCUUGGGUGCCAAGCAUACCGUAGAGGAGGUGUGGGAGUGUGACAUGAAAUGUAUGAAGGACCACCCGGACAAGCGAGAUGUAGUCGUGGUAAACCAGCAGGAUCAUAAGAAGAAGCCUAAGUGCCAACGACAAUGUUGGAGGAAAAGCCCAGGUGGUAGUAGUAGUGUGGAGUAUGAGUGCACGACAGUGUGCCGCCAAGAUGACGGAAUUAAACACGGUGUCAAUGUGGUGCAGGAAUCCAAGAACACCGACCGUGAACAACCACAACGCCGCCUCAGCGAAUGCCUGAAGAAGUGCCAAAGGCAAGGAGAAGGACAUGAAUGCCAACAAAGAUGCCAAAAGGAAUUCCAAAGGAGGCACCCUAUAUUGGGUUCGAUAAUGGAACUAACUGCUGGAUUGUUUUAA